AGCCAAAUACAAGAGCGAAACAGUCUAUUGGUCAUCAAAGCUGUCAUUGCGGAUGUUUAGCUAUUUUUUGCAUCUAAUCAUGAUUGCUUGUCCCAUCUGUGGACCGAAAUUGUCGGUUUACUGUACAAUUCUUAGUAUUUGGGCUAUCAUAAUGCUAGGGCUGCUUGGAAUUUUUUUUUAUCUCCAGAGUCCGAAUUUGUUUGAGGAUCUUCCCCACAAGGACUGGGCAGCAGCCAACUUCUCAAGAGAGUACAUCGUUCAGAAGUAUGAGCAGAAUGCAAUCAACUGCUGGAUCGCGGCUGGUCUCUAUGUUGUCCUCGGAAUUUUCUGUUUUACGCAGCAGCGCAUGAACUCACGGGCCAACUAUGAAAUGUCUUGAAGAAAUUUCUUGCUAGUUUUCAGUGAUCAAGUUUUCUGACAAACUGGACGAAAUGCAAAAAAAAAAAAAAAAAACCCAAUCACAUGAGUGAUGGUGGAGUCUGGACUAGUUAUUUUUAUUUAGUGUAAUCCAAGCAAGCAGAAAAAGAAAUUGUAUAUCUUAUGAAGUUAAAAGGUGACAAGUAUAUGGCUCAUCAGUGUGGUUAUAACCCGUUUAGCUCCGAGAUGGCAACAGUAAAAAUACGUAGGGUAGAUGGCAACAAUAAUGACAGUAGUUGUAAUUUAUAAAAGAUGAAAAUAACUACAGUAUUUGAGGAUUGAAAAUUCCCCAUUAUUUGUAGAUUGUACCCAGUAUAGCUGUAGAAAAUGUGAACAUAUUUGUGGAUAAAGUGGGAUAGGGCAAAGCUUCUCCAUGGAUACAUUCGGGUAGAAAGGAUAUUGGCUGUUAUUGGACUUUUAGGAUUAAUACCAAUUCACUGAGCAUAUACUUCAUUAUCUGGCAACUUCUGUUGUGUCCAUGUUCCAUUCCAUCAUUAGUUAUAGCCAUGUUUAAGAACUGACCAUCAUAUUAUAUUUGUUUGUUUACCGUAAUUGUAGAAAAUAUUGAACAUGCCAACAACCGUUUAGAACCAGAUGUAUACAUGUGUUUACUCUUUAGUGAGGUGUGGAUGUUUCAGUAUUUGUGUGAUGAGUGUACAUGAUGUAUAUAUUUAACCUGUCACAAAACAGAAUGUAUAUUGUAAAUGUAGUGUGUUACCAGUGGCUGUACAGUAUUAGUAAUGUGUAUUACUACAUGUACUUUGUCAAGGCCCCCCCCCAUCCCCGCACCCAAAUUUAAUAUUUGCAUAACCUGAAAAUGGUUUAUGCCAAACAAAAGUGCAUAACAUAUUUUGGUUUGCAUAAUCUUGGUUUUUUUGUAUUACUGAAAAACAAACAAAACAUUAGAAUUCAAAAUUGCUAAUCAAAUCAAAUCAAAUAUCCAGUUGCACUAAAACGAGCAUUAACGUGUGGGAUAUUAUGGGGAUUCCCUAAGAGCCUAUUUACCAAUUCUCUGCUUUACAUUGCCGGUAAAACUCAGCAAAUAAAACAGCACCAAUGUCCACAAAUAGUCAAAUACAAUAUCUGUUAGCACUGAUAUUCAAUACAUUUUACAUGAAAUUGUAAUUGGUUAUGUUGGAUAAAAUUGCAUAAGCAUUAAAGUACAAAAAUAUCAUUCCUGCAUUUUGUGGAGGCCUGUUUAUUAUUCUAUAAUAUUGACAUAUAAAAGAAACAAUAUGUGGCCUCUGGUUUGCUGGCUAUUAAAGAUCAGGUUAAUUUUGCCAUUGGUUAAUCUUUGGAUGUGUAUUCAGGCUAGUGCUAGAAGUGAGGUUAUGAGUGCUUCAUUACAUUCGGGGCCAUUCACAAGGAUGUACACCCCAAGGUGGAAGGGGAGGUUAUGGCAUUACAAAAUAUGCAAGUAUACAAAAAGUACACAGAAAAAAGUACACAGGAGGGGGUUUGAAAAUCCCAGAUUUUGUGUGUAUACUUCAUGGAUGGUCUGUUGUAUUAACGUACAAAAAUAUUGUUUUUUUAAUAUGUUCUCGGUAAAAAGGAAAAAAUCCCAGUUAACACUACUGUGGAAUAAUAAAGAUGGUUUCAUUUUAUAGUAAGUUAAGUAUAUUCAUUAUGGUAAGAAAAUAAAACUCAUUUAGCAGCUAAGCCUUUAAUUUAUUCAAGUGUAAUACUUAUUAGUAAUACACUGUAUUAUCACUCAGUAAUGUAUAUUAGUACACACAGUAUGUGGACAUUUAUAAUACAGUGAGGUAGAACAGUUUUAGAAACUAUUUGGUGUUUUGUAAAGAUAUUUAUUAUUAUAAUCAUAACAAACAUUCCAAAUGUUGGAUAACAAUUAUUUAUCACUCCAGUGGAUCAUUUGUGUGAGCAAUAUCAUUGUCAGACUAGGUUCAAAUUCACAUGGUAAUGAUUAAACUGUACAAUGUCAAA